AUGCAUAUGUUUCUCAAUAAGAGAGUAGCUUGUCCCUCUGGAAAGCUCUUCUAUCAAUGCGCGAGUCCUCAGUACCAAGGGUGUUGCUCGGUGGACGCUUGUCACUCGAACGGCUGCCCUGAUGAUGAUCAAGCUACCACAACCUCAAAACCACCAUCUCCAACACCAACCGCAAAACCCAGUCCACCGAAUGCAACCCCUACAGUCGAAACUCUCGCAUCCGUAGAAGGCGACAAGACCGUUUACAUCACCGUCACCCACGAACCCCCCACUUCAACAUCACUACCUGAUUUCGCAUCUCUCAAUGCCUCCUCAAAACCACCAAUUGGCCCCAUAGUAGGCGGCGUCGUCGGCGGAACCACAAUCAUCAUCAUAUCCCUCCUCCUCCUUCUCUUCUACCGACGCAAAAAGCGCCAAAACGAACAGCGUCGCGCGACGCUCCCACCCCCUUACCAAACCACAACCGACCCAGAUAUGUCUUCGCAGCUCUACAGCAGUGCAACGGUGGUCGCGGGAUCUGAGACUAGCGAGAAGGCGGGUAUACUCAGGGAUGCGACGUCGAAUUCGGAUUCCACGUACGCCACCACAGACCCGGACGACGAUCAUGGUGCUGCGCGAAGCAGUCCUCGCCACAUGCGCCACCGCGGCAGCGACAGCAAUAGCAACGGCAGCAAUAAUAAUAGCAGCAGCGGAGGGGACUCGUUGCCGCCACAGUUGGAUGGCAGGAUGGUGAGACCCAUGACUGAGAUUGGGGGCGGCGAGGUCCUUGGCGUCAUUCCUGAGCUCCCUGCGGCGGAGCUCAGACAGGACCGCCGGCGAAGUCUCCGUCUGGACACUCACAUUGCUGUGCGAAGAAGUAUGGCGAGACAGUCGAGUUUGGAACCAGGGAGUCUUGGAAGUGGUGGUGGUGGUGGUGUGGAGAGCGAUCGUCGGGUCGGGGGGAGAUCGCAAGGGGAGGAUGGGGCCGGGAGUGAAAGACAUGACCACGUGAUGAGCUGGAUGCAGCUUUCUUCCCUGGCGAGAAAGGACAGCUCGGCGCGUCUGUCGCAGCCACAUAAUGCCCCCGAUCACUCUGCGGCUGUGUGGGGAAACAUGACAAUGCCCAGAGCAGGGCAUGGUCGCACGACAUCGUGA